CACACCUUCAUCAUUUCUCACAACAUUAUUUAUUUAACAGAAACCGUGGAAAAAGGUGUUCACAUUUACAAAUGAAUACCUGUAUAUGUUAGGAUGUUUGUGAAAGGAUAAUGGUGAAAAACGUUAUAAUUCUGGUUAAACAGAUUCUUAAAAGUGGAUUUACAAUACUAGUUACAUUAUUUGUGUUACAUUUAAUAUGGAAUUCUACAGCUGAUACUGAAAAAGUUAUAAAACGGGACAUGCGCAAACCAAUAAGCAUAGCUGAAACGGAAACAACAACUUUUGAAUCUGUAACCACAACUGAAGAUACUUUCACUACAGAAAAAACAACAGAGAAAGUUACAUAUACCAAGUACCAGUCGUUUAAAUAUAUUCAUUUACCAUUAAAGAUAUGCCAGCUCGAUGGAGGACAAUUUGAUCCUUUUUUAUUGAUUGUUGUCAAAUCUAGUGCUUUACAAAUUGGAAACAGGGAAGCUAUUCGAUCAACUUGGGCCAAGUUUAAUAAUCCAAACAUAAAAUUAGUUUUUCUAUUAGGAUACUCGCCUUUAAUCAAACAAUAUAUCAAUAUGGAGUAUAACCUAUACAAAGAUAUUGUACAACAGAAUUUUCUUGAUGAUUAUUUCAACAACACUCUAAAAACGAUUAUGGGAUUAGAUUGGACAGUCACACAUUGUCCAAAGUCAAAGUUUAUAUUCUUCGUUGAUGAUGAUUACUUUGUUAAUCUUCCAAAAGUACUGAACUAUAUAGAUUAUCACGUUAGAAAGCAGACAAAACAUUUGAUUGCUGGACACAAAUACACAGGUGCGGUACCAAAACGUAAAACGGGUAGUAAGUGGUAUGUGUCCUGGCAAGACUACCCUGAAAAAAGAUGGCCGCCAUAUCUAAGUGGUGGAUCGAUGAUCAUGGCUAUGUCUGUUGCUAAGCUUUUGAAAGAACAGAUUCCAUAUACUAAACCACUCUUUAUUGACGACGUUUUUCUUGGAAUCGUUGCAAAAUCGUUAAAUAUAGAACUUUGGAAUGAAAGAAAGUUUUCUGUUUCUUUUGUACCUGAAAGACUUGGUUCUUUAUUUUCGGCUCAUAGGUACGGAUCGCCAAAAAAUUUAAUAUCAGAGUGGAAAAGAGUAAGAUGUAAUCAUAAAAAUUUAUUUCAGAAACUAUAUGGUUCUCCAGACUGCUAGUAAAUAUGUUUAUUCAACUUUCAGUUAAUUGUUUAAUUACAUUUACUGAUGACUUCAAAGCUACACAGAUGUUUUUUGAAGAAAAAGUUUAUUCAACUAGUAUUUUGAAGAGUAGAUAUCCAGCAGAUAAUGAUUCUAAGAAUUUAACAGUGUAUUCCAUUUGCUCUUUCAUUCAAUGUUUAUGUUUUGGGCACUUUUCCAAUAGAAAGUUCUUCUUUAAAAUUAUACAUUUCUUUAUAUUCUUAUGAUUUACAUUUAAGAGGGAAGGGUAAUCGACAACAAAGAUUUACUCUCCCAAUGGUAAUGCUUUUCGUAUCAGCUUUGAGCUUCUGUCAGGAACUGCUAGCAUACUUUGAUAUUGCAGUGCUAAUUUUAAAUGUGCUUCUAUAGAACUUUUUAUGGCUUGAUUUUGUAUAAUGUAUUCUCAUAAGUAUCUUUGCUAUUUAACUGAUCGACAUAUGAAAUUGGGAACGAUUGAGAUUUCUCAAAAUCAAUUAAAAUAUU